AUGUUGAAGCAUCGCAACGAUGGAAAUUGUCCUGCAAAAGGUUUUUACACUUAUGAAGCUUUCAUAACAGCUGCUAACUCCUUUAGAGCUUUUGGAACCACAGGCGAUAAUGAUACUCGAAAACGAGAAAUUGCAACCUUCUUGGCUCAAACGUCUCAUGAAACUGCAGGCGGAUGGGCUUCUGCACCUGAUGGUCCAUAUUCAUGGGGAUAUUGCUUCAAGCAAGAACACGGCAAUCCAAUGGAUUAUUGUGUUGCAAGCCCGCGGUGGCCAUGUGCUCUUGGUAAAAAGUAUUUCGGUAGAGGGCCUAUCCGGAUUUCCUAG